AUAUUGUCACAUGGAUUAUGUUGAGGUUGUCUACCCGUAAAGUAGUGUUCAAUGUCUGUAAAGAUGGCUCCAAAAUUUUACGCUUAGCGUUUCUGGUUCGUUAAAUGUUGAUAUAGUUUUUGCUGAAGUCUGAACUUUUAUUAUAUUAAUGAAUUAAAUUUGAUUGAAUCAAGUCGCUUAUUGUUUUGUUUCCGAACAAAUUGUUUUUUUUGCUUGACUAAAGGCUAGUUUUUUUAGUUACUAAGAUUAAUCAUUGUUUCAGAAUCAUUCAGAAACAAAUCUGAAAUGCCACCAAAAAAGAAGGUAGUUUCAAAAACUAAAGAAGCCUUGACAGCAAGUAAUGAAAAUUUGACUAAUAUUACAGUUAGGCGGCCGAUCAAAAACUAUGUAGAAGAAACACAACCAAUUGUCCAACAAGUAUCAGAAGUUGAAAAGCGAAAUUUGGAUGUAACUGUAGUCAUAGAAAAAAUGCCCGAGUCGGGUGUAUCUGUCUCCCUACCUAUUGUUGAAUCUGUUGAAAUGGAACCAGAAAAUGUUAAAAAAGUAGUACAAAAAAAAACAGUGAAAUCAAAAUCAAAACUCAAAACAAAACAACUUGAAGAAGAAGAAUCUAAACCUAAAAAAGGAAGAAAAAGAGCUGUAAGCGAAGAUAGAACUAUUAUAUAUCCUGAACAAAAAGCAAUAAAAUCUCGCAAAAAAGCACCUAGCAAAGAUGUUAAUGAUACUUCUUCUGAUGUUAUAUCUCCUAUAAAAAGAGGCCGGCGUGCUGCAAGUGUUGAUAUUUUGUCUUCUGAUAUAAUGGUUUCUACUCAUAAAGAAAUAAAAAAAACCCGCAAAGCCGAAAAAUCAUCUAAUGACCAAGAAGAAGAAAAUUUUAAAUAUGAAAUUCAGGAAGAUGAUCAAUUAAAACCAGCAGAAAAAGCUAUAACAAAAGGUAAAAAAAAUAUUAAAAAAGUAGUUGAAAAACUAGAUGAAAAAGAAAUUUUUGAAUCUGAUCAAGGUAUUCUGAAUGAUGUUCCUAAAACAUCACAAGAAAAACCUAAAUCAAAACGAGGUGCUUCUAAAAACGAACAGACUUCUGAAAGUAUUGAAGAAAUUGAGUCUACUGAAAAAACCAAAAAAGCAACAAAAACUAUAAAGUCAACUCGUAGUGCUCCAAAAUCAAAACUGACUGAAGAAAAUGAAGUAGAAAAAAAAACAAAACGUGCUCCAAGAGGAAAACAGGUUGUUAAAUCCUAUUCAGAAGAAUCUGAAGACAAUGAACAGAACCCUGAAAAAGUUGAAGAUUUAGUUAUUGAUACAUUAGAGAUAUCUCCAGAAAAAAUAUCUAAAUCAAAAACUAAACCAGUUAAAGCUAAAGAAGUCGAAAAGAAAACAAAACGUAUUCCAAAAGCAAAACAAAUUGCAAAAUCCUCUGAAGAAUCCGAAGACAAUAAUGAUAUAGAUACAAAUAAAAAUAAUGAAAUAGUUAAAAAAUUAUCUAAUUCGCCCAUUGAAAAUAAUGAGUCAAAACCUGUUGCUCUUGUAGAAGAAAAAGAAGUUGAAAAAAAACAAAAACGUGCUCCAAGAGGAAAGCAAAUUCCAAAAUUAUAUGAAGAGCCUGAUGAUAUUAAUUUAGAGAAAAUUGAAAGUGAUAGUAUUGAUAUACAGGUUGAAAGCCCAGAGAAAAUUGAAACUAAACCUAAAGCAAAACGUGGGGUUCGUAAAGAAAAACAACAAAAUCUAGCGGAAUCGAAGCUCAUUGAAGAAUUGCAUCAAAAAUUUGCAGAAAAAAAUUCAUCACCUACUGGUGAUGAAGAAAAUACUGGAGACUUACCUAAUGGUCAACCUAGUACCCCAGAAUCUGGGAAAGAUGAAGUACAACCAGUUGUUAAACGUAAACCAAAAGGAAAAACUGCAAAAAAAUAAAUAUAUUUUGUUUAUUAUUUAUUUAUUUUUAUGUUAUCACUAUUGUCAAAAGUUUUAUUUAAACAUUUAUUUUAAUAUAACUAAAUGUUUAUAGAACUUUUAUGUUAUUAAAAUAUUCUGUACAUUUUUUUAUAAAGAAAGAAUACCUUUUGUAACCCAUUAAAAUUUUUAUCUAUAAAACAUGUUUAAAACAUAAAAUUAUGUACGAUACUCAUUAUAUGUAUUGAUCAUUAAAUAAUUAAAGUCUAAUUUUUUUUUUAA